CAGGAAAUUCUUGUCGUAGCUGAUUUGUGAAGUUCAUCCUCGGAGGUGCUCCCGGAGCAGAGCCGGACUGUGAUCUCCAGCCGGGGGAGAGUGGGUGGGAAGCCGGAGUCCGGAUUGUCCCUGUUUGUACAGGCGGUGUGGGGAGGCUCUGAUGUACCGUCUCUCGGGUACAAAGUCUGUCUGGAUUUGAAAGGAUUGGCCUCAGACUCUGGGAACAAUGUCAGCAACAGGAAAAGUGGUCAGAUCGGAUGUGGUGAUUUUCUACGCAGAGGAUGCGAAGGAGUGGAAUAUCUACCUUGUCAGCUUGCUCACAUCAGUCCAACACACCGAAGUCCUGUCCUACACAGUAAACGAGAGCACUUCAUUUACAAACCGGGAUUACAGUCAGUUUGAGAGAUGCAAAUGCCUCUUGGUUCUACUUUCGCCACAGCUCUUGGAGUUGGCCGCACUCCCUAGGCUGGAGCAUGGACUGCAGAGGACAUUGCUGCCUGCGCACAAAGUGGUCAUGCUGUUUUGUGGUGUGGAAGCAGCGGAACUACAGACCUUGUUUAGAGACUGGCAAAAGUGGAAACAAGUCUCAUGUGAUGAUGACCCAGCUGUUUUCACCACAGCUGUGGAAGAAGCCAUCAAUGAGAGCUCCAGCAGGGACUCGGGCUGUGACACAACUGAAUCUGAAGCACAAGCUGAGCCUCAAGCCAAAGUGUGGAGUAACGUAGCCAAAUCCCACCUGGAAUCUUGUUCCCAAUCUAACAGAGACCAUCAAGAAAACAUAGUGAAGGUUUUACCAGACAGGAUCCAAUGUGGGGUACCACAGCAGAUGUUUGUUAUUUUAAAGGUUAAACUGGACACCAAAGUGAAGAGUGAAAUUGACUUUGUAUUCGGUGCAAAGGCUGCUGUCCGGGUUCCAGCAACACUUAUCAAUGAGUACACAGUAUCUGCGCAAGCGCCAGAUAUGCCUUCCGGUUUGGUCACACUCACAUUAUACUCAGGGGAUCUGAAAGUGAGUUCAGCAACUUUAAUUUACUACACUGACAUGGAAGAAAUUGAAAAUCUCCUGAAGUAUGCCAUCAACCCUGUGGAAUUCAUGUGCCAGGCUUUCCAUAUUAUACCAUAUAACAGAGAAACACUGGACAAACUACUGACAGAGUCACUGAGGAGAAACAUGCCAGCUAAGGGGCUGCACAUAUUUGGAAUUAAUCAGCUGGAAGAGGAUGAUCUAUCUACAACUCAGCGCGAUGUAGAGCUCCCAACCCUGCUUCACUUUGCAGCCAAGUACGGCUUGAAAAACCUGACUGCUCUUCUGCUGCAGUGUCCAGGAGCAUUGCAGGCUUACAGUGUGGCCAACAAACACGGGGAUUAUCCAAACAACAUGGCGGAGAAGAAUGGUUACAGAGACCUCCGACAGUUCAUGGACGAAUAUGUGGAGACAGCGGAUAUGCUAAAGACUCACCUUAAAGAGGAGCUGUGUGGGAACAUUGAUGGGGAAGAGGAUGAAGACUUGUAUGAGUCCAUGGCAACGGUGUCCAAAGAUAUCUUGAUGAAAUGCACCUUAAACCCCGGCUGUGAUGAGGACAUCUAUGAGUCGAUGAUAGAACUGAUGCCUCCACAAGGGAUUAUGGAAAGCACCUAUGAGCCAAUGUCUAAAGUAACUGGAAUGGUCCACUCAGCCGCAUGUGAUCCAGACUCUUUUGAUUCAACAGCAGAUUGCAUACUGAGAAAAUUUCUCCAAGGGAAUAGUGCCAUUCCUGAGGAUUGUGAGAGCCCUGGUGAAGUGAGUGAGGAGGGUGUAUACGAUGUUGUGACGGAAGAUGAAUAUCCUGAAGAGACUGUGAGCAGACCUCCACUUCCUAUUCCUCGGCUACAGAUUGUUUCCAAUGUUGAUGACAUGAAGCCUUACAUUUCUAAAGUGUUCUGCAAUAAAGAGGAGAGGAGAGCAGAGAACCUUUACAUUACAGCACUGAAAGCUUCCCCAGGUGGACCUGCUGGCCCAGCAAUUCCACCACGCUCGAAGCAGGCGCUGUCUAGAGUUCCAUCCAGUGACUAUGACCCAUUUGCGGGGAUGAAGACCCCUGGUCAGCGGCAGCUCAUCACCUUGCAGGAACAGGUGAAGUUAGGAAUGAUCACUGUGGAUGAAGCUCUCCUGCAGUUUAAGGAGUGGCAACUCAACCAGAAACGCAGAUCUGAGUCAUUCCGCUACCAGCAGGAAAACCUCAAGAAGCUGCGGGACAGUAUCACACGGAGACAGAACAUCAAAGGAAAGUCCAGCAAACAUCCAGAAUUAGAAAUCACACUUCCUGCUCGGCCAAAUGACAUUUCAGACACUGCGCAAUAUGGAGUUUAUCAAGAUAAUCCCAGAUUCAACCAGCCUUGCCCAUUCCGGGAAGGAAUACAGCGGGGCAUGUGGAAAACAGGAAGCACAUCUAGCACAGCAAGCAGCCUCAGCAGUCGGUCAAGCACUCGAAGCAUCCUGAGUUUAAGCAGUGGAGCAGAGGGGGAUAAUGAGGACAAUGAGCCAGCAGACUGCAGACCCGUGAGUCGGCCUAUCAGCCGACACCGACCACCCAGUUUACCGCCUCCUCGAAUUCCACCUCGCAUGCCACCCAGGACCCCAACCCAAGCCUCAGCAAAGGUCGCUGCUGCUCCUCCUGUGCCACCUAGAGGUCGAUAGUCACAGUUCAGGCACCAGGGAUCAGCCCUCACUUCAAUAAUAAAAAAGCAUUUAACAGAACUACCACUUGGAAAAAAGAGAAUCAAGUUCCAAGUGCAGCUUUUGUGCUAACUGUCUGCUGCAGUUUCCUUUCUGAUGGCACAGCCGAGUGUGGUUUGCUGAGAGUUAACUCACCAAUCUAUUUAUUUGAAUGUUGUGCUGUAAAUGGUGAGAACUGUCCAAAUAUCCGCUCCUAAAUGGUAGCUAAACGUCCUGAGUAUAAAAGUGGUGGAAUUCACCCAAAACGCAAAGAGAUGACCAUUUACAUAAAUCAUUCUGUGUGGUUCUUAAACAAGCUGUUUAAAAGAAUACACUUCACAUUGUUUAAGGCUUGUGAUGAAUGUUUAGUCAAUUUAAAUAAUAGGUGAUGUUUAUCUGAAUAAUUUUGCAAAUGCAAUUGUGCAAAUUUCCUACCCACCUCUCUUUUAAGUGCAAAGUUAAUCAGUCCUCAAUCCCACAACUUCAACAGGGAGAAACAGGAAAACUGUGGGAUAGCGUCUCAGUGGAACCACAGCCAGUAAUUCUCAGCCUGCCUAAGGAUACCUGGGCCUGAAUGUUCCGCUCGGCGUGCUGGAGCAGGCCCGACCCACAGUGACAUGGGGCACGUGUCUCGACAUCAUCGCCCAGCCUCGCAAUACUUCAUUCAGCAGACGCGCACCAGAGUCAGCUGUGUGCCCGCUGAUAUUUAAACAGCCUAUUAAGGCCAUUGAGGAAGUAAUUAAUGUAAUUGUUAACACUGCCCAUCCAAUCUCACGGUAGGCAGCCAGGCAAAAAAGGCCAAGCGGCCUUUACACUUUUUAGGAAACCUCAUCCACGAGCGGUUUCCUAAAGAUUUUAUUAAUUAAAUUUUAAAAAUUUCUGAAAUAUAAAAACAUGUCAAGACUACGGGCCAAG